CGAUGGGCGCCGGCGGAGGGUCGCCCGGGCAGGCCGCCUGCCUGCGGCAGAUCCUGCUGCUCCAGCUGGACCUGAUCGAGCAGCAGCAGCAGCAGCUGCAGGCCAAGGAGCGGCAGAUCGAGGAGCUCCGGGCCGAGCGCGAUACGCUCCUGGCGCGGAUCGAGCGCAUGGAAAGGCGGGUGCAGCUGGUGAAGAAGGACAGCGAGCGGGAGAAGCACCGCAUCUUCCAGGGCUUUGAGGUGGAUGAGAAGCCGGAGGCAGAGGCAUGUGAGAAGCUGCCCCUAGAGUGCCCCCAGGACCUGCUGGAGCCCCCCCCGACCCUGCAGCCCAAGCACUUCCCCUACGGCAGGAACGGGAAGGGGCAUAAAAGGAAGCCGACGUUCGGGAGCGCGGAGAGGAAGACGCCCGUUAAAAAACUGGUGUCGGAGUUCCCCAAAGUGAAGAGUAAAACUCCAAAGCACUCCCCGGGGAAAGAGGAGUCGGGUGGCUCCUUGGCCGAAACUGUUUGUAAACGAGAACUGCGGAGCCAAGAGACUCCGGAAAAACCCCGGUCGCUCCUGGAGACCCCGCUCCGAGCCUCGGCCCCGCCGAAGGGCCCCGGCGCCCACCCCAAGGAGAAGGGCUUGGGCAGCGAGGCCGACGACCUGCCCUAUCUCUCCACCACCGAAAUGUACUUGUGCCGCUGGCACCAGCCGCCCCCGUCGCCGCUGCGGGAGCCUUCCCCGAAAAAGGAGGAGACUGUAGCAAUUCCGUCUUGGAGGGACCAUGUCGUGGAGCCCCUGAGAGACCCCAACCCCUCGGACCUCCUGGAGAACCUGGACGACAGCGUCUUUUCCAAACGGCAUGCGAAGCUGGAGCUGGAUGAGAAACGAAGGAAAAGGUGGGACAUCCAGCGGAUCAGGGAACAGAGAAUCCUACAGCGGCUGCAGCUCCGAAUGUACAAAAGGAAAGGGAUUCAGGAGUCGGAACCUGAAGUUACCUCAUUUUUCCCUGAGCCAGAUGACGUGGAAAGUUUGCUCAUCACCCCGUACCUGCCCGUCGUCGCCUUUGGCCGGCCCCUACCCAAACUGACCCCACAGAACUUCGAGCUGCCAUGGCUGGACGAGCGCAGUCGCUGCCGGCUGGAGGUGCAGAAGAAGCAGACGCCGCACCGGACCUGUCGGAAAUAACGGGGGCUCCGGGAGCUCCGAACGCCCGCUCCGUGCCGACGGAUGGUUUCGUUCCUCUGCCAUCCCAGUUUUGUUCUCUUGGGUUUUGGGACGUUCUCCGGACUCGUUCCCUCCUCCCCUGCGCUGGCACUGGCCGAGGCUCCGCAGCGGCUGCUCCGCUCCCGUGGCCUUGGGAUUUGGGAUAUCGCCGUGGGGAUCAGCAGGGCCCAGUCCUGGUGUCUGGGGGUGCCGUGUCCCCUCGGGACUCGCCCGCCGCCGCCUUCGUGUUGCGUUUAGUUAGAAAACGGGAUAAACAACGGGUUUUUGUCGGAGCCAGACGGGAACUGGGAAGUUGGAGGCGCCUGGGAGCCACUUUUGGGGUGUUUUUCCCCAGUCUUUGGGGAGUUUUCCCCCCUCCUCUGGAGUGUGUUGGCGGGGGCAGAGGGGGGAGAGUUAAAAAGCAAAAAUUUUUUUUUUUUUUUUUUUU